AUGGCCCCUCUAAAGAGUCUUCUUCGGCCAUGGCAAAAGGACGAGAAAUUUGACGAAAUACGGAGAGCCCCAUCUUCUUACAAUCCCCUCUAUUCCUACCGCCUAUCUCGGGGAGACACCAAGCACUACAACCAACAAUUCGGCGACAUGUACUUCUUGCGCUUGGCCAAGCUGAAGCCUGUGGUAGAAAAGAUUGCUGAAGAAGACUGGACCGAGUUUGAGAUCGCAGGAGAGAAAGCGCAGAGAGUGGACAGAGUGCUAGACGUCCGGCAAGGCCAAUUGUGCUGGGUGGUGGGGACAAUCUAUAUGGACAUGCCCUUGAAACCAAAUAUUCUGGAAGACAUAUCGAAAGAGCACUGGGUUGCAGGCGCGCCACCACGACAUUCAUACUUGACCGUAGACGGAGAAACCCAGGUCAUGCUGGAGGAUGAAUCCGGUCGACUUCGACUUGCGGGGGCAAUGUUGAAAAGCAAUCUGCUAGUCACCGGCGUGAUUGUGGCUGUAUUGGGCACUGAAACCGCAAAUGGAGACUUUGAUGUGCUCGAUCUGCACAUCCCCGACCUGCCACGACAGCCAAGGAGAUGGGAGAGGGAUGACGAGGAAGAGACAAAAAUGGAGGUCGACCAGCAACGGAAGAAGAUCGCUCUUAUCAGUGGGCUUGACAUCUCGGAGGCUGAAGCCGACACAUUGAAUCUCUCUCUUUUGUCCGAGUUCCUGCUCGCGGAGGCAUUGGACGAGGAUGACCGACAGGAAGCCUGCAAAAUCUCUCGCCUCAUAAUCGCGGGUAAUUCUAUUGCCUCCGAACUGCUCUCCGGUCAUCGAAUGUCGAUCGAAGACGGCAAGAAACCUAGCAAUCGCAAGUACGGCUACGAUGCAGCUUCGUCCAAUCCCGUGCCAACGGCCCAUCUCGACCAAUUCCUCGCCGAACUUCUCCCCAGCAUUCCAAUCACAAUCAUGGCCGGCGAACAAGAUCCCGCAAAUGCAAGCUUACCACAACAGCCCAUCCAUCCAGCCAUGUUACCGCACUCACGAGCCUACGCCACCACGAAUAUCGCUGAUCCGGAGGAGGAAGAGCCAGGAUGGCUCGACAGCGUGACGAACCCUUGGGAUGGUGAUGUGGAGGGAUGGCGAUUCAUGGGCAACAGCGGUCAACCGGUCGACGACAUCCUCAAGUACGUGGACUUCGGUGGCCCAGACGGAAAAGGAGCAGAUGGAAGGUUGGAAGUCAUGGCUAGCAUGUUGCGAUGGCGAUGCGCUGCACCAACCGCUCCAGAUACACUAUGGUGUUAUCCAUUUCAAGAUCGCGACCAAUUCGUCAUUGAAGAGUGCCCGCAUGUCUUCUUUGUGGGCAAUCAACCGAGAUUUGAUACUUCAGUUAUCGAAGGUCCUGAGGGGCAACAAGUCCGACUUAUUGCGAUUCCACGAUUCGACACCAGUGGCGAGCUGGUCUUGGUUGAUUCAGAGACGCUGGAAGUUGAGGUGGUCAGGUUUGACAUUCCGGAUUGGUAG